CUUUAGGCACAAUCAGGGGAGUCCUGCCAACAAAGACCAUACCAUGGAGGUUAUGUGUUUUAUAACCUCUUAAAAGGAUUAUUGGCCCCUGGAAGCAAUACUACUGAAUUGUAGUCAUUUAAAGGUUUUGUUACCUGGUAGUUGUCCCAAAUGGGAGGUUGCACGUAUCAGAGGCAGCGCUCAAGGCGUCGCAAGCUCUCAGUCCCUAGAACUCGAAGAAGUGCAGGAUGCCCAGAAGCGGGAUCUCCUGCUGCGGCAAAUGUUUCCGAACCCAUAGACAUGGCAGACUCCUCCUCAAGUGAUACAAGUACAAGUGAAUCUCCUGGAGCCAAGGAAUCUCAAGAUCAACCAACUGAAAAUGUGAUCGAAUUUAACUCAUCUGGCGAAACGUCCGAUCCCAGUGCCUCAAGACUUCUAGCAAAUGCCUCUGAUGUACAGUUUCGGGAGGACAGUGAUACAAGAGGGUUGGAGGUGAAAGGAUCAGAAUUGUGUGUUACCAACUCAAACAGUUGUACUUCCUCACCAUCACCUUCUGGGUCAUCCACCAUCUCCAUCUCCUCUGCAGCUGGAUCUUCAGAGGUGGCAGCAACAGGUAGUUCCUCAUCACGGCGUGGGGUCUCAGGAUAUUCAGAUAAGAUGCUUCCUGCACGAAAGCGGCGAAGGGCAGACACAGAACUUGAGGUGACUGGAAAUAAUCCCUCUGCACAAUAUCUUCAAUGUGAGCUUCCAGAUGAAGUCCUCCUCAACAUCUUCUCAUAUUUGAGUGAAAAGGACUUAUGCAGAGUAUCUCAAGUAUGUCAGCGAUUCUCCUGCAUUGCCAAUGAUAUUGAACUCUGGCGAAACCUCUAUCAGCAUAUCUUUGAGUAUGACCAGCCCCUCUUCAGCUCAGAGCCUUGCCAAUAUGCAUUCUGCAGUCCUCAGGACUCUGACUAUGCAAAUCCAUGGAAGGAAAGUGUGAGACAGUUCCACUCGUCCAUCCAUGUCCGCAAGGACUUCAGAGAUCGGGCCACUGCCCUCGGACAGAACCCAGAGCUUUACUUCAACACUGUACUAGAAGCCAUUGAAUAUUCUGAGUUCAUGCGGAACCCCGUCAUAUUUGUGCAUGAGGGAGUGUACAAAAAGGAAAGCUUAAUGAUUGAAUCGGGUAUCACAUUGAUUGGAGCUGCAUCAGGGAAUGUGAAGGAAAAAGUGAUCAUUGAGAAUGACAGUGAUUUCACUGUCCUGUUUGUGGAGAGGGCCUCCCAGGCCUACUUGGGCUACAUGACGCUUCGCUUCUCAUCUGAUACAGCCCGUGUCUCCAUGUCUGGCAGUAAACACUACUGCUUAGAGGUUGUAGAACAUUCCACCCCGGUCAUUGAACAUUGCAUCAUCAGAAGCUCUUGUGUUGUUGGAGCAGCAGUGUGUGUCAGUGGUCAGGGUGCAUCCCCUACUCUGCGAAAUUGUGACAUCAGUGACUGUGAAUGUGUGGGCCUCUUUAUCACUGACUAUGCUGAGGGUAUCUAUGAGAACAAUGAGAUUUCUCGCAAUGUCUUGGCUGGAAUCUGGGUGAAGAAUCACUCCCAUCCCAUCAUGCGAAGGAACCACAUCCACCAUGGGAAGGAUGUUGGGAUCUUCACCUUUGACAAUGGCAGGGGUUACUUUGAAGCCAAUGACAUCCACCAUAAUCACCUGGCUGGUUUUGAGGUGAAAGCUGGAGCCGAUCCAACUGUUGUAAGAUGUGAGAUUCACCAUGGACGAACAGGUGGAAUUCACGUUCAUGAACAAGGAUCUGGUCAGUUCAUUGAGAACAAGAUUCAUAGCAACAACUAUGCCGGGGUUUGGAUCACAUCCCACAGCAGCCCCACCAUCAGACGCAAUGAGAUAUACAAUGGACAUCAGGGAGGAGUAUAUAUAUUUGGCGAUGGUCGAGGCGUCAUUGAGCACAAUAAUAUUUAUGGCAAUGCCUUAGCAGGCAUUCAGAUUCGCACAAAUAGUGAUCCAAUUGUGAGGCAUAACAAGAUCCAUCACGGACAGCAUGGAGGAGUGUAUGUGCAUGAGAAAGGACUUGGCCUCAUAGAGGAAAAUGAAAUCUAUGCUAACACUCUUGCUGGAGUGUGGAUCACAACAGGAUCAACCCCUGUGCUCCGACGGAAUCGUAUCCAUUCUGGGAAGCAGGUUGGGGUUUACUUCUAUGACAAUGGACAUGGGAGGCUGGAGGAGAAUGACAUCUUCAAUCACUUAUACUCUGGUGUUCAGAUCAGGACUGGAAGCAAUCCCCUGAUUCGUAGGAACAAGAUCUGGGGAGGGCAGAAUGGAGGAGUCCUUGUCUACAAUGGAGGGCUUGGGGUCCUCGAAGCAAAUGAGAUCUUUGAUAAUGCCAUGGCUGGUGUCUGGAUCAAGACGGAUUCUAACCCAACAAUGAGGCGUAACAAGAUCUAUGAUGGCCGAGAUGGUGGCGUCUGCAUUUUCAAUGGGGGUCGAGGGAUGCUGGAAGACAACGACAUCUUCCGCAAUUCCCAGGCUGGGGUCCUCAUCUCCACGCAGAGCCAUCCCAUUCUCAAGCGGAAUCGCAUAUUUGAUGGCAUGGCUGCUGGCAUUGAGAUCACUAAUAAUGCAACAGCUACACUUGAGGGCAAUCUGAUCUUCAACAAUCGGUUUGGAGGUCUCUGCCUAGCUUCUGGAGUGAAGCCUGUUCUCAACAAUAACAAGAUUUUUGGAAACCAAGAUGCUGUAGCACGGGCAGUGGGGAAUGGUCAGUGCCUGUACAAAAUUUCCAGUUACACCAGCUUCCCAAUGCAUGACUUCUUCCGGUGCCGAACAUGCAGAACCACGGAGCGAAAUGCCAUCUGCAUCAACUGCAUUCGCACAUGUCAUUCUGGGCACGAUGUUGAGUUCAUCCGCCAUGACAGGUUUUUCUGUGACUGUGGGGCAGGAACUCUUCACUCCCAAUGUCAACUGCAAGGAGAGCCAAGCCAAGACACUGACACAGUUUAUGAUUCUGCUGCUCCCAUUGAGUCCCAUACACUCAUGAUGGGCCAGUGAGCCCCUCUUCUACCAUAUCUUUCAGUCCUCUUUCGUUUUGUUUUUCCUCCCUUCCAAACUCCCCCCUCCUUUGUUGCAUCCUAGUGUUCACCCUCUUACUUCAAUUUUCUUUGCUCAUUUCACUGUUUGUUUUUUGUUUUCUCUCUUGUAAACCUGUGCCUUUUGUGGUGUGUGAACAUUCCCUCUUUCCUCCCCUCUCUAUUCAUACAAAUCUUCAUUCAAGCAGGACUUUGAGGUUGCUACUUCUGGGGGUGAUUACAUCUUUCCCAUUUCGGGGCUGUAUGAUCCAAGAGGCUGCAUGAAAUCUUCCGCAUGUGUCGUAAAACCGGUCGCACGAGCCAGUGGCCGCUUGGGUUCCAUCUCAUAUUUGAAAGAAAUUCUUGAAACUUUUCCGGUGAACCUGCUCACUCUGCCAUGCUGGACAUUCCCCUGAGAAAAUUAAUUAUUUAUUGGCACUUCCUUUCGUUUCCUCCGGUGUGAUCCUGAACAUGCAACCAAGAAAGGCUCUGCCAUCGUUGUUUUUCUGUUUGGCUCGCAUAAGGAUCUCUGAUCUGGAUCUCACACAUUUAUAAUCCCAUGCUACUCCUGAACUCACUCGUCCCCUUUCACCAGCUGGCCCAAAUUACGAAACCGUAGGUUUUGUGGUUGAUAAGCAAUUGAUAGUUUAUUUUGUCCCUUCCUGUGAUCCUACCUCUUCUCCCAAAGAGAAUGAGUUUCAGCUGUCGUGAUGCAUUGCUCUUCUAUGCCGAAACUUGUCUUGCGUUUCUUUUGAUGCACAACCUUGUGUGGCACCUGGAGUCAUCCUCAGUGCAUUUGCUCAUCUUUCCUUGAUACCAGUGCACAUCGGGGUGGUGUCAUCAUUCAUCAUAGUGGCAAAUUCGGUUGAGUGCCGUUCCUAUAGAUCCAAGUGAUGGAUGAAUGAACUGAACUGGAAGCAUGUGGGGUCAUAUUUUCAGUUGGGUGCAAAGCCAAGGCUUUUGUUUUUGCGUGGGGGGAGCAUCCGAGAUGCAAUUGAUUUUUCCGAUGAUGACAUUUUUUGUAUGUUCUUGGCCGUUCGAUGGGAGGUUUCCUCGGUACCACAUGAGAGGAACUGGUCAGAUUUCAUUUGUUUUUUUUUUUCAUUGGUUUCCUUUGAAGGGUGUUCUCUGUUCCCCCAAAGAAUUAUUUCAUUUUUGUUUCAAUUCCAACACCGUCAUCAUUUCUUUUCUCAUUUCUUUUGUAUGACUUUUCCUGUCAGUGUCAUCAUGUGUCUUUAUCCUUUUUCAUUUGUAUGACAUUUGGAUGAGGCAGAUUCAGAGAAUUCAUUGUUUUUGCUUUAUAAGUCAUAUUGAGCUAAUUUUUGUCUUUUCACAUAAUCUUUCAGUGAUCACUUUCAUGAAUCAAAUUUAUUUCUGUAUUUCCUUUCCCCCCCUCCCCUUUUUUUGUGCCCAUUUUUCCACCAGUAACGAGUGUCCCUUGAUUUGAUGACGUGUGUUCCAACUCUGGGUGUUCUCUAUAUAUUAAUCUUUUUCCUUAUUUCCCUUUCUUCUUUGAAAGCUGCCUACCAGGACUUUCUCCAUAAUUGUGUGCACACACACACUGCCCAAUCGAGCACAUCUCAGAGUAGAAAAGAAGCAAACGUAUCUCAGUUCGCAGUUUUUCAAACGGCAUGCCGAUGGUGUUUUCCGACUGUACAGCAGAAAAGAAGAAUCCUAACUUAUAGAAAACUUAGUAGUCCGUUGAUGUAAAGGUAGGAACCAUAUUGUAUGAUAUUUGAACCCACUUGUGCCAAUAUAUACUGGAGACUUUUUUGCACAAUAAAUUAUGUACUUGCCAAGCA